GGACGGGAAAAGAGAAACCUCCUGGUUUGAAACUGUUGGCAAUGAAUUCAGAUUAAAGAAAUAAAUAACUGCACGAGCCAAAGAAAUUAUCCAUUAUCAGGGAUCCAUGGACUGUGCAUGACCAUCUUGUCCCCUUCUGCUAGAAUAACCCCCCCCCUUGAUGUGACUUAUCGCUGCCUGCAGGGCUGGGCCAAUCUCAGUCUCUAAGUGAGAAGAGAUGCAGUUUUGUGGUUGUAAUUGUGAACCUGGAGUCAGAUUCCCGAGUUGAAAUUCUAGAUCCCCCGCUUCCUUGCUGUGACCUCAGGUCUCGGGGCUUUGGCUUCCUCUUCUUGAAAGUGGGAGUUACAAGAACCCCCCCUACCCCAGAGAGUUGAUGUGAGCAUCUGAUGAGAUAUAAUGCACGUAUCGGGCCUGUGUGACACAUUUCGAGCCUGUGGUAAGAGCACAGGGAUUGGGAAGCACUCAUUCAUUGUAUUACAGAUGUCCUAGUAAGUGGCCCUUUAAAUCCCAGGCCUUCAGGGAACCUGUUAGUCACCAUGGAGUGCAGAAUCCAUUUGUGUUCUUGGGUUGCGUGUAACGGAAUAUGGCCUCCAGCUGAUGUUAGCCCAGAAGGACCUAUCCGGAAAGUCUGGAGCAGCUCCCUGUAUCUUGUCCACGUGUCCUGCACAGCCAGCCUCCCACGGCCAUGGCAGCCUACGGCCAGACACAGUACAGUGCAGGGGUCCAGCCAGCGGCCCCUUAUACCACUUACCCACCUCCGGCACAAGCCUAUGGAAUCCCUUCUUACAGUAUCAAGACAGAAGACAGCUUGAACCAUUCCCCCAGCCAGAGUGGAUUCCUCAGCUACGGCUCCAGCUUCAGCACCCCACCCACUGGACAGAGCCCGUACACCUACCAGAUGCACGGCACAGCGGGGAUCUAUCAAGGAGCAAACGGGCUGACCAACGCGGCUGGAUUCGGAAGUGUGCACCAGGACUAUCCUUCCUACCCUGGCUUCCCUCAGGGCCAGUAUUCCCAGUAUUACAGCUCGUCCUACAGCCCUCCUUAUGUCCCGGCCAGCAGCAUCGGCCCUUCCCCACUCUCCACGUCUGCCUACGUCCUCCAGGAGGCACCGCACAGCGCCCCCAGCCAGAGUUCCGAGUUGCUUGGCGGCGAAUACAACACACACGACGGACCUUCCACGCCGGCAAAGGAGGGAGACGCGGACAGGCCGCACCGGGCCUCCGACGGGAAGCUCCGAGGCCGGUCAAAGCAGAGCAGCGACCCCUCCCCAGCGGGGGACAGUGAGAUCGAGCGUGUGUUCGUGUGGGAUUUGGAUGAAACGAUAAUUAUUUUUCACUCCUUACUCACCGGGACUUUUGCAUCCAGAUACGGGAAGGACACCACGACGUCCGUGCGCAUCGGCCUGAUGAUGGAAGAAAUGAUCUUCAACCUUGCAGAUACCCAUCUGUUCUUCAACGACCUGGAGGAUUGCGACCAGAUCCACGUUGACGACGUCUCAUCCGAUGACAACGGGCAAGAUUUAAGCACGUACAACUUCUCCGCCGACGGCUUCCACAGCUCGGCCCCCGGAGCCAACCUGUGCCUGGGCUCCGGCGUCCACGGCGGCGUGGACUGGAUGAGGAAGCUGGCCUUCCGCUACCGGCGGGUGAAGGAGAUGUACAACACGUACAAGAACAACGUCGGUGGCUUGAUAGGAGCUCCCAAAAGAGAGACUUGGCUACAGCUCAGAGCCGAGCUGGAGGCUCUGACCGACCUCUGGCUGACCCACUCUCUAAAGGCGCUCAACCUCAUCAAUUCCCGGCCCAAUUGUGUCAACGUGCUGGUCACCACCACUCAACUGAUUCCUGCCCUGGCCAAAGUCCUGCUGUAUGGACUGGGCUCCGUGUUUCCUAUUGAGAACAUCUACAGUGCAACCAAGACAGGGAAGGAGAGCUGUUUCGAGAGGAUAAUGCAGAGAUUCGGCAGAAAAGCCGUCUACAUCGUGAUCGGUGACGGCGUCGAAGAGGAGCAGGGGGCAAAAAAGGUACCUCGUCCACCUCUCGGGCCACAGGGCCCUUUACCCAGAUUUCCUCCACUUCCCAGGCAAAGGCUGGGUCCCCUCCUUCCCAGGCUCUUAGCUCCCAGGCCCCCUCCCGUUUGCAAUCGCAGAAGCAUCCUGAGUAAUUUCCUUCUGCAAAUCCCCCUCGGUGCCUUUGGCUGCCGCCCCUGGUAGCCCUGGAUGUUUUCUGGGACAACUGCUCGGGAGCCCGGAGACGCUCUGUCAGGGCAGGCUGGUGGGGGGCUGGUGCACGUGUGUGCGCUUUACUUCAUGCUCACUGAUCAUAUGUUCCAGGAACCCUUCCCAGUUAAUAAAGACAGCAUUAAGCUAAUGAAAAAGAAAAUCCUGCAUUUGUGAUCUCGGGCCCAUGAGGAGAGGGGCAGGGGGCUCUGGUGGCCGCAGCUCUGCUGUUGGAAAAGAAACAGCUGCCAGAGCCCUGGGUCUGGACCUGUCAA